CAGAGAGAACCAGAGAAACGAAGCGAGAGAGAUAGUCAAAGAGGAGGUUUUGGGUGAAAGAGAAACAAGUUGUUGAAGUAGAGAGAUGAGUUGGAACGGUCGGAUUAAGGAAGAAAGGAAGAACCUGAGCUUCUUCAAGAUCUUCCAGAGUGCAGACUUAUCCUCUGAAUGCAUGAGAGCGCUUCCUUACAACUUCAUGCAAAACCUCUCCAAAGAAGACUUCUCAUACAAGAUGGUGAUAAGAGCGGAGAGGGGAAGCUCAUGGGAAGUAGACAUCUCCAAGAACCCGAGGUUCUACUACAUGGAGAAGUCUGGAUGGAACCAGUUCGUGAGCGACAAUGCUUUGGGAGACAACGAGUUCAUCACCUUUACUCACAAAGGGUCAAUGUCCUUCAACGUCAACAUCUACGGGAAGAACGGCAAGGAGAUUGUCGCACCGCGAAAACCUCCGACAACAACUCCUCUGAGUGGCGUCAAGAAAGAAGAAGGUGAGAGAAGCUACAAGGACGUGAAGAAGGAAGAGGAGAGAUGUGAGUCCAUGGAAGGAGUUGAGCUUGAAGAAGCCACAAAGAAGAAGAAGAAGAGCAAGAAAGUGCUGAGUUAUGUGGAAGUAGGUGAAUCAUCGAGAGGCAGCAGAAAGAAGAAAGCUGAGAAGCUCAAAACACUCAAGAAGAAGAAGAAGAUCAAGACAGUGAAGAAAGGUGUGCCAGAGUUCGAAAUCACCAUAAGGAAGUCAUACCUCAAGUUCAUGUUACUUCCGAGGGUGUUUGAGGAGGAGCAUAUCCCGGGUGAGUCUAUGGAGUACACGAUCCAUCACUCGGAGAUGAGGUGUUCAUGGAAUGUGCUCUGCUUGGUGAGGGAGAAUCGGACAGUCUUCUCGAGUGGUUGGAGUCGAUUGGCUAGAGAGUUUCCUUUGAAGGUCGGUGACAGGUGUACCUUCAAGCUCAUCAAACCAACAGAGUUUGUCCUCAUCACCAAGAAGAGCAGAAAGGAGACCACUGUGAUUGGCUGAUGAUGAAGGAAUGUUUUAGCGUCUUGCUUUUGCUUAUAUCUAUGGAGACAAUAUGAUAUUUAGCUUAAUGUGUUGUUGUGUUUCUUGUUCGCUGUUGUUUAUUUCCCAUGAAACUUAUAAGUUGCUUUAUCUGUUUAUGGUAUUAGUCUUGAGACU